UGCACAAUUGAACUUAAACGGAAACGCUACAAAUAUGUUUCCCUUCUCUCUUGAGAAACAACAAACUUAAAAUUUAGAAUUUUUUUGACAAUAUUUGUUGAGGUUUAUUAUAAUAAGCACGUACUAAUGAGCAGUAUGUUUCAAAUUUUCAUUGUUUUUGUGUGGAUCGUUUUGUUGAAUGAUUGUAAAGCAAUUGGGAAUGAUACAGAAGACAGUGCCACUGUCGACCUUGUAAAAAAAGUUCAGGAUUUAGAAAACAAAUUGAAAACUUUAAGCGAUUACAUCACAAAAGACCAAGAUGUGCUUUAUGUUACAUUAUCAGAGAGUAUGAAAGAUGUUAGCAAUGAGGUGACUGUUAUUUUUGACAGACCGCAGAUAAACCCGGGAAAUCAUUAUAAUCAGAAUGAUGGAAUUUACAUUGCACCAUUCUCUGGGCGAAUUAUGGCUUUCUGGACAAUUGGCACCAACGAGACCGCAAGAACAGAACUCGUGGUCGAAGAUAGAGUUGUUGGUACAUUAAUGACUGCUGCAAGUUCUAUUACAACCAGCAAUCCAUACAGCAAUUCCAAAACUAUGAAAGAAUCAUCAUCAUCGACCGUGGCUGUUACCGAUGUUCAAAGGGGAAAUCACAUAUUUCUGAGAACUGCAUCACAUGAUAAUCACAUUCUCAAAACUGUUUCGUCCUUACUGAUAAGACGUACGCUUUAAACACAGGACAUGAGUCAAACAUUCUGCAUUUCCUUUAAGCAUUUUUUAUUAACAAUUUUUUCGCUAACCAAUUUCAUCUUCAAGUUCAUGUUUUAGCUAAUUUUUUCGAUGGGGAUAUCAUGACAUGUGUCUUAUGUUUGCUUUUCGUUAUACUCCUACCGUCGACUGAUUAUCAAAGUGUUUAGUUCAAAACACAGAUUUGUUUAUGAUAUACUCUUAACAAACAAAGUAUACGGAGGUUUAAAAUUGAUUGAAUGAUAUAAUACAUUUUCUUGGGAGACAAUGACGUCGCUAGCGUAUAUCAUUUUUUUUUAUUGCA